AGUAGAAAUGUGCAUAUCAAUGACGAUAACCUAGUGACAUUUAGAAUUUUCAUCACAAAACAUGCUUUAUCAGUGACGAAGUUUAGGAAUUCGUCAUAGUUCUUCGGUGACGGAGACCAACGCACAAAAGAUUAUGACGAAAGCACCAUCAGUGUCACAAAACAAUGAAUAUUAUCGUCACAAAUGAUAUACGCCAUAUAGGUCGAGAAUCUGUGACCAAAAAUUAGGAAAAGGGCCUUGGCAUGAAUCGAACCGCGGCCGCGAGGUUGGGAGAAGGAGGCCUUUACCAUCUCAUUACAUGAUCUUUUGUGCUCUUGGUGGGUUAUUUUUAGUUAUCAACAAUUUGAACGUGAUACUCUGUAACCUGAGCGCCCCUUCGUUCAGAUUCAGAUUCAGAUCCGAGAGGACUUUGACUCGAGCAUGGGAGGCCCUGGUGAGGGCGGUCGGCGGCGUGGGUGAUGCGCGCGGCCUCGGCGUGCGGCAGUGUGGGUGAGGGGCGCGUCCUCGACGGACUGCGGCUCUGGUGACGGGCGCGGCGUCGGCGGCCAGCCCCGGCGUGGGUGAGGGGCGUGGCGGGCGGCGGGCGUCGGCGUUGGUCGUGGGCGCGGAGUCGGCGACGGCCAGCAGGACUGCGGCGGCGGUGGUGACUCCUCAGCAGACAUCCGACGAGCAAGGCUGCGCCGCAGUGGAAGGUUCCCGAUUUGCAGUUGCAUAUCCGAGAUGGAUAGAAGAUGGAUACAUGGAACACAAUUCACACCAGAGUAUAUGGAGGGAGUCCGCCAGUUCAUGGAUUUUGCUGCCCAGAAUUUAGGGAAAGAUGUUGAUAUACUAUGCCCAUGCAGAAGAUGCCUAAAUCUCGAGUCAUGGCCUCAGCCAAAAAGUAGAUGACCACAUACAUCUUUUUGGGAUGUCAGCUACAUACACUCGGUGGAUUCAUCAUGGAGAAUCAAUGGAUGGUAUGGAGGUUGAAUUUGUACAUGAUGAGGUUCAUGAAACUGACAUUGAUGGUUCUGGGAUAGAUGUGGGCGAGUGUGCUAUUGAUGAGGGCGAUAAUGAAAUGUCUGAGCUGUUAGGAGACCUAUGUAAAGCGGCAGAGGAAAAUGGAGAAGAACCAAAAUUCCAUACAAUCCUUGAAGAUGCAAAACAGAUACUUAGCACGGGAUUGAAGUAUUCAAGAUUCUCUUUUCUUGUGCGGAUGCUCCAUAUCAAGUCCAGUUAUCGAAUCAGCAAUAGGGCAUUUUCUGAAAUAUUGAAGCUACUGUCAUAUGCAUUUCCAGAUUGUGAAAUUCCAAAGUCGUAUGAUGAGAGCAAGAAGUAUCUCCGGGAAAUUGGCCUUGGAUAUAAGUCGAUACAUGUAUGCAAGAAUAACUGUGUGUUAUUUCGAAAGGAGUAUGCUGAUAUGGAGGUGUGCCCAAAAUGUGGUGAAUCUAGAUGGGAGGAUUCAGAUGGCAGCAAGCGGUUUCCUCAUAAGGUGUUGAGGCAUUUUCCACUAAUACCAAGGCUGAAGAGGAUAUUUGCCAGCAAAACUACAGCCGAGAGUACCCAAUGGCACAAGAAACAACGUGUGCCGGUGGAAAAUGAAAUGAGCCAUCCAGCUGAUGGCGAGGCAUGGAAGUACUUUGAUAGGAGAAAUCCAUCUUUUGCAGAUGAACCUAGGAACCUAAGGCUUGCCUUAGCUACAGAUGGGUUCAAUCCCUUUGGGAAGAUUAGCACUAUGUUCUUCGGAUCAAUGAUGAUGUGUUGAACUUAUGUCAGUUCU